CCGCUCCCCUCCGAGCCUGCGGAACCCAAGCGGCGGCCGCGGGCGCCAUGGCUGCCGAAGGGGCCCGGCCGCUGCGAGGCUCUGCCAGCCCGCGGGCGCCCAGGCGGCGUGUGUCCGUCCCGAGGCCCCGGGUCCCGGAGCGCGCCCUCAGGUAAAUUUUUCCAUAACCUUAUGGAGAGAAAGGACUUUGAGACAUGGCUUGAUAACAUUUCUGUUACAUUUCUUUCUCUGACGGACUUGCAGAAAAAUGAAAGUCUGGAUCACCUGAUUAGUCUGAGUGGAGCAAUCCAGCUCAGGCAUCUCUCCAAUAACCUAGAGACUCUGCUCAAGCGAGACUUCCUCAAACUUCUUCCCCUGGAACUCAGUUUUUAUUUGUUAAAAUGGCUCGAUCCUCAGACCUUACUCACAUGUUGCCUCGUCUCUAAGCAGUGGAAUAAGGUUAUAAGUGCCUGUACAGAGGUAUGGCAGACCGCCUGUAGAAACUUGGGCUGGCAGAUAGAUGAUUCCGUUCAGGACGCUUUGCAUUGGAAGAAAGUUUAUUUGAAGGCAAUUUUGAGAAUGAAGCAAUUGAAGGACCAUGAAGCCUUUGAGACCUCAUCGUUAAUUGGACACAGUGCCAGAGUAUAUGCACUUUACUACAAGGAUGGACUUCUCUGUACAGAUCAACAUAAUUUGCUAACCUAUCACAAGACAAUUAUAAGCAAUGAACUGAAGUUCCUUCCCUUUCUGGGACUUGAAUCUGAGGUGAAGAAUGAAAUAGAUGAACACCAGAAGUUAAAUGAUGGUGGAAUCAAUGCCAAUUUAAAAGGGUCAGAUGACUUGUCUGCAAAACUCUGGGAUGUGAGCACAGGACAGUGCAUAUAUGGCAUCCAGACCCACACUUGUGCUGCUGUGAAGUUUGAUGAACAGAAACUCGUAACAGGAUCCUUUGAUAACACAGUAGCCUGUUGGGAAUGGAGUUCAGGAGCCCGAACCCAGCACUUCCGAGGACACACAGGUGCAGUGUUCAGCGUGGACUACAACGAUGAGCUUGAUCUGUUGGUGAGUGGUUCUGCGGACUUCACUGUGAAAGUAUGGGCCUUAUCAACGGGGACAUGCCUGAACACACUCACGGGACAUACUGAGUGGGUAACCAAGGUGGUUUUACAGAAGUGCAAGGUCAAGUCUCUGUUGCACAGCCCUGGAGAUCACAUUCUCCUCAGUGCCGACAAGUAUGAAAUCAAGAUUUGGCCGAUUGGAAGAGAAAUCAACUGCAAAUGCUUAAAAACGUUAUCUGUAUCUGAGGAUCGAAGUAUCUGUUUGCAGCCCAGACUCCAUUUUGAUGGCAAAUAUAUCGUAUGUAGUUCAGCCCUAGGACUUUAUCAGUGGGACUUUGCCAGCUAUGAUAUUCUCAGGGUUAUCAAGACUCCAGAGUUAGCAAAUUUGUCAUUACUUGGCUUUGGAGACAUCUUUGCCCUAUUAUUUGACAACCGCUAUCUCUACAUCAUGGACUUAAGGACAGAGAACCUGAUCAGCCGCUGGCCUCUGCCUGAGUACAGGAAGUCAAAGAGGGGUUCAAGUUUCUUGGCAGGUGAAAUGUCAUGGCUGAAUGGACUAGAUGGGCAGAAUGAUAUGGGUUUGGUUUUUGCCACCAGUAUGCCCGACCACAGUAUUCAUUUGGUGUUAUGGAAGGAACAUGGUUGAAGAUAUGGACAACAGCUAAAAAAAAUGACUUUGGGUGCUGAGGCUGCUAGUUCUGAUGCAGUCUCUGUGGGAGCUGAUUUUGCAUGAACCAAAGUUCACACCUAAUGGUAUCGUCAUGCAGUGCACAAUCAUUUAUUUUCCUGGGUGGGAAGUGAUGGGGGGGUGGGGAGAAAGGUGGGGGGAAAGGGAUUAUUUUAUUGACAUAAUGCAACGCAGCAUGCUAACAGUCUACACCAUUGAAACUCAUUUGUACUUAGUUAUGCUUGUCAUUAUAAAAGAACAAAUUUUGGGCCUAUCUUUCUUUACUGGAGUAUUGGUUUAAAGUAAAGCAAGUUAAAUGGUUUACAAAUCUGCUAAUAAUUGAAUAUGAAAUCCCAGUGAGUGAUUAAAGAUCUUUUGCCCUGGUCUUUUUUUUUUUUUUUUGAUUUUAGGUAAAAGCAGAAUAAAUCACUAAAUCUGGAAGGAACCUUCCUGAUAAUCUAGUAUAGGCUCAGAGAGGGGAGAGGAUGUGCUCCAUGCUGUUCUCUCACAUGGAGCUUGCAUUUUAUAGGAGCCAUAGUUACAAAGACUGCUGAUGCCUGUGAUUUCCAUGAAGUCUCCAGAUAUAACCAGUUCCUAUGGUAAUUUGUCAUCCUUUAUUAAAAUUAAUUAAUGGGAGGUGAAUCAGCCAUAGAGAUGUUUUAACAUAUGGGAGGUAUUUAGAAAACAUUGGGAGAAAAGAGAAGACAGACAAAAUGACCAUUAUUUUUGGUUCAUGCCAGUUUUUAAAUCUAACCCCUUACUCGUUCUAUUAUUUUAACAAACUUAGCCCACUAUGUGCACUACAUUAUGCUAAGGGCUGGGAAGGAUAGAAAGACAUGUAAGACAUGGUUCCUACCAUCAUAGAACCUAAGGUCUAGAAGUGGAAGGUAAGAUACGUACACAGAUAAAGAUAAUUUAGAAUGUGGUAAGUACAUAAAAAGGAGCACAAAGUAUUGUGAAAUCAUAUGAAGAAGAGAUUACUUCCAGCUAAGUGACCAGAGAGAGCUUCAUUGAGUUGGUAGUAUUUAAACUAGUAAAACAUGACUUAAGGUCAGUUUAGGAUGGGAAAGAAAACAGUAUUGGGAUCUAAGUGAUAUCCUUUGUUUCGAGCUGAUUUUAAUUUUAGCUCUAACUUUUCCUUCGUAUUGACCAUGAGAGAAAGCAUAUCCAUUUUACAGUUGGGAAACUGUAAAGGCCACUGCCUUCAAACAUCUUCGUUAUAGUAGGAGGGCUAGGAUGUAUGAAAUUAGAAUAUGAAAUUUGCAUGAGAAACAUGAAAUAAAUGCCCUUAAGAGUUCA